AUGGUUUUCAAAACAGCAUUCUCGAUCUGGUCGGCGUACGAGUUCAAUCCAAUGUGUCUCAACAUCAUACAAGAGGAAAGCAAGAGGGCGGUUGGGUUGGCAAGACCCUUGCCGGCGAUAUCUGGAGCAGAUCCGUGGACAGCCUCGAAAAUGGAAACCUUGUCACCCAUGUUACCCGAUGGAGUCAAACCCAAACCACCAAUCAAUCCAGAAGACAAAUCAGACAUAAUAUCACCGUACAAGUUAGGCAUCACCAUGACCAAAGACUUGUACUCGGAUGGGUCAGAACAAAGCUUCAACGAGGUGUUGUCAAGUAGCUCGAAAGUAAGCUUGACAUCUGGGUAUUCCUGGGCAACCUCCUUGGCGGUCUCGACAAACAAACCGUCAGAAAGCUUCAUAAUGGAGGCCUUGUGCACGACUCUGACCUCUGGCUUGUUGACGCUCUUGGCAUAUUCAAAAGCAAUACUCACCCUCGGUGUUUUCUCUGAUCAACACGGUGUCCACGUUCUCAUAAGGAGUUUUGUAACCUUGCACACUCUUGCAUGGUCUGACGUUGGCGAAAAGCGCAAAAGUUCUUCUCAGGGUCAAAUUCAUCGACUGGUGACCUUUUCCAACAGGAGUAGCCAAUGGACCUUUCAAAGCCACCAGGUUCUUGUUGAUGGAGGCCACGGCGUCAGCAGGCAACGUGGUCUUGCCAUUGAUGAGCGAAGGGGUCACGUCGACCGACUCCCAACGGAUUGGCACGUCCGCAGCCUUGUAGAUGCUCUGGACAGAGGCUGCAAUUUCUGGACCAAUACCGUCACCAGGAAUCAUGGUGACGGUGUAUUUGCCGUCGGCGUCAGGCUUUCCGGUGAACUGGCCGGUGACCUUGCCAGUGGCAUACGAUCUUGCGAGCAUGGUGGGAGUUCUUGUAAUUGCUCUGUACAUUGGAAGAAAUUCUGGUGA